AUGGCGGCACCUCAAGUAAACACGUUUACAGCUCCACUUCUACUAACGGAAAAUGAUAUUCCUGGAGCUAGUCUUGAGGGAAGGAAACCAGCAGAGUUGAAAAAAGCUGAUCUAUUGUUUUGGCUACGAUGUAGGGGUGAUUCGUGUAAAGGCCUGAACGUAAAAGCACAGCUCGUAAAGCGGUAUGUUUCUAUCGAAUAAUUAUCCAACGUACGCCUAUUGUAAACAUUGAAUGUUCUGUUAUUUCCCGCUCGAAUGCAGAUUCUAAGAACCAAAAUUUCAUUUGCUCUGGAAAAACAUAUCAUCAUAUAUUAAUAUUAGCAAAUUAAACUGAAAUUAUUUGAAUGCUGUGUUUUGUUGUAUCUUUAUCUUAUAGAGUUGAGGAGUAUAUUGCAAGUGGCAGAGACCAACUUAUAGUUGACCCUGAUCCAAAUAAGAUUUAUACGAAACGAAAAGCCAGGGAAUGCUCUAUUUCGCUUCCCGAUUCUUCAUCCCAGAAUAAGGCUAGUGCCGGAGUAAAAUACCCAUCUACUGGUUGGGGGAAAGCUCUAGAGAAGUUGCCAUUGUUUACAAAAGCUGAAAUGAAAAAGCAUAUAGAAAAUUCAGGUAAAAAGAUGGGAAGUGUGGAACACCAUUCUGUUCCCACAAGUUUGAAACGUGCCAAGACCUUUCUUCAAGAUGAAUAUUUAAAGGAUAUUGAGGCAAAUGAUGAUGAACAUUAUUUCUAUUUUAAAUGCAAGUGCUAUCACAGCUAUAAGAAACACGAUGCUCCUCAUACUAUUCAGGUUGCCCUUUGCAUUAUAUCUGGACAAGUGAUGGAUGCGACUUGCACAUGUGCUGCUGGGAAAGUUGGUUAUUGUAACCACACACUUGCUCUCAUGUUGAAAAUUUGCAAAUACUCAUUGUUCGAGAGCAAAACAACUGAAGACUUAAGGGAUGAAUUAGAUGAAAAUCCAACUUUGGCAUGUACCUCAAAGUUACAAAGUUGGCAUAAAAAAGGUCGAGGUGAUUCAAUUCAUCCGCAGCCAGUGAUGGAUUUAGUUGUCUCUAAAAUUAAGCCCGACGAUGAGAAGUCUGACAAGGCUGUUGCCUGUCAACUCUAUGAGGCCCGCAAAAUAACAAAGCAUGAUAUUUUAGAGGAAGAGAGUUUUAAAAAAGCCAUUGCAGCAAUCAAUCCUAAAAUGGGUAUUGCUACCCUUGCUUCAAAUACACCCAGUGAAAUGGUGCAGACCAAAUAUGGAAACAGCCCCGCUGGGUCUACAAACAGUUAUCAGUUAUCUUAUUCUGAGGCCAACUUUCCUGUGUAUACUGAUAUAAGUACUGUUGCAAGAAGUCCUGAUUCAAAUGCCAAUAUAAACAGCUACCCAAGAUUCCCCCUUAAAGACAAUGAACCUAGCUCUUAUCCAGACUCUCUCACUGAAGAGGAGAGAAUGUUUCUAUCUUCACUUG